AUGGGAAAAUAUGGUCUGGGAAAAAGGAAUGAUCGGGGAGACAGACUGGUGGUAUUUUGUGCAAAACAUGAUCUGAUAAUAACGAAUACAUGUUUCGAUCAUCACCCAAGGAGAAGGUACACAUGGAAAAUGCCAGGAGAUGGGGGAAGGUAUCAAAUUGAUUUCAUCAUGGUAAAAAAUAGAUUUAAAAACCAAGUCAAAGAUAGUCGUAGUUAUUCUGGUGCGGAUAUAGACAGUGACCACAAUUUGAUUAUGAUGAAAUGCAAUAUCAAUUUUAAAACAAUUAUUAUGUCGGUGACAGAUUAUUAA